CUUCACACAUCCCGGUGAACACAAGUCACAUGUAACGUACCUGUUAAUUGUAAUUUCCCACUCAACGAGAUAUAACACACGUGUUAUAUUACAGUUAUAUUGUUGGGUGGAAAAUUACAACUGACAGGUACGUGACAUGUAACUUUGUGUUCACUGGAAUUCAAGUAAACUUGUCAAGUAUGUUUGCGCAAGCCACUUGUGCAAGUUUACUUGAUCGUGUGUAGCCGGCCUAACUUCUUUCGACGUGUAUUCGACUCCCGGUUCGCGGACGGCGUGAACAUCAGUAAUCGUCUGCGAACCGCGCCGUGCCGAUCGAGAGCGCCGCGUCGAUCGAUCUGAUCCAAAAAGAUCGCCUUGUGUACAUGUGAAUCGUCGCUGUGAAUCAGGACGAGCGACUGAAAAGGCCCUUCAAGGAGACGACGCUAUCAAGAAAAGCUUCUCGACAACGCAUCCUGAGUAAUUUGAAGCGUUGAUCUCCGCUGGCGAACGUAUACCCGACGAUUCAUCAGCAGAAACGGAGUUGCUCCAGCUGAUCUCUUGUCAGCAUCUCACACACGCGCGCGCACGCACGCACCCAUACUAAGGAAGAGAACUGCGUUUGAUUUGCCGGCACACGGCCGUGCAGGCACUAACACAGGGGCGCACACCCCACCACCCUUAUCCGUGAGAGCGUAGCAGCGGACCAGCCGAUAAAAUGAAUGAGAAUGAUAAGUCAGUUAAGUGCGAGAACUCCGCCGGCGAGGAGGAGGAGGACGAGAUGUUCGAGCGCGAGCUGGCCGAGGACGCGCAGUGGAAGCGAAUUCAACAGAACACCUUCACGAGAUGGGCGAACGAGCGAUUGAAGGUAGCGAACAAGCACAUCGGCGACCUGGAAUGCGAUCUGUCUGACGGUCUCCAGUUGGUGAGUCUCAUUGAGGUGCUCUCGCAAAAGCGGCUGCCGAAACACAACCAGCGGCCCACCUUUCGUUCUCAGAAGCUGGAGAACGUGUCCGUCGCUCUUAAGUUUUUGGAGGACGAAGGCAUCAGGCUUGUUAAUAUCGGUGAGUAGUCCCAUGUGCAUGGUGGAUCCUACACGUCGCAGAAUAGAUUCGUCCUGUCUUCGUAGGAAGAAUCCAAUUGAUUGAUCGUGAAUAGUGCAAUAAAAUGCCGAUGCAGUAUACUUAUUAGUGAGACAAAUAAUCAAUUUAAGAAAUGACAACGUUUUAUUUUCUUAAUUAUUCUAAAAAAUAUCUACAAAUGAUUAAAUUGUGAUUGCAGUGCCGUAUGUAGUUUUGUUCUUUUU